UCUCGGUGAGCAAGGCAACCGAGGUCGGCCUCGAGUGUUGUUCAAGGAGAACGGCAACUGUGAUCUUGAGGUUGACGGGGAGGUGGUCCUUGUAGCUCGGAAAGUGAAGGGGAUCUACGUGGUCGACCGGGCGGAGAACGCAUCAUCUCCAAAAGUGGUUCAAAAGGGGCCGCUUUCGGAAAUGGAGCGGGAGGGCGCCGCGCCGGAAAAGGACGCGUGCUUCCUCGUGAAAAAGCCGGAAACGGCCGACCUGCCUCGAACGAAGCUACCUGAGCAUCGGAUCCAAAAGGCGUACGAUACCCACUGCAGCUUGGCCCGCAGCUACUCCACUCGCUCUCCCAAUCGCGCGGGCCUCCCCUCGAGCGCGCACUUCUCCUGCCGCGCAAACUGCAGCUCCCCCGCCAUCGCGCGCAGCCCCUCUCUCUCCGCGACCGCGCGCAACGCCUCCGCCGUGUCCGCCACCUGUUGGGCCCACGCCUCGGCGGUUGACCACGCUAGUAUUUCAGGGCCCGGGGGCCUGUGUGAAUCUUCCCCCCAGAGAGAGGGUUCGGUGUCGCGAGUUGGGGAAGAAAGGGGUCGGGGUUGGGGGGGGGUCGUGGUGGAAGGCGUGGUGGGGGAGCGCUUGGAGGAGAGCCUUGAGGGACUGGACUUCGCGUUCUUUCAGUGCGCGGUACCUGUAGGCAAGUAA